UGCUCAUCCUCGCAUGACAGCUUCAUGAAUUCGCUCAGGGAAUCCCGCGCUUCGGAGACCCUUGAGCAUGUCAUGCAUGGAUGGAGUCAGAUCAGAUCUUCGAGCAUCUCGGGCAUCACGGAUCUCCUCCCAUGGUGUGAAGCAGAAACUGUCAGGAAUGUCCAGUUCUCGACGUCACUGGCGCUGGAGUAAUCUGAGGAAGUCCGGAAAUGCCAGGAUGCCAGUCCGGAGGCCUUCACGCAUUUAUUGACUUUCGGAGGCUUUCUUGCAACACAGACUUGUAGUCUGGUCAGCUUUUUUGUGAACACGGACGACUAGUAUGAUUAGCUUCCCGCAAAUACGAGAACCGUGAUUGAGGCCAGAAGAUCUUAGAGCUCCUCGCACUCCUUACUAGGAGCCUCCCGUAAUAGUAUUAGUGUUCUAAUCUUGGCUUACUGUGAGCUCCUCUUUCGUCUAGUCGCUAGCACGUGCUGCGACUUCCUUCUGCAUGCCAUGUCGAGCUACCCCUCUUCCCCGUCCCUUCCUGGCUUCGAUCUGUCGGCCACCGCUUAUUCCUUCCGACCUCCCCUGACGAACGUCUGCACCGCUCUCAUAUCGAAUCUGUCUCCAUCCUCGAUAUGGACAUGCUCAGCUUCAAGGCAAUCAAGCGUCGUCGUCGUGGAUCUGUGGCCGUCCGAUGCGAUCUACCUAUCCAACGAGCCAGCUUGCAGCAGCUAUCUUCUCAUUCCUGCGGAGAACGUGUGGGAUGUGAUUGUACGAACGGCGAUGUACACACUGGCGUUGGUGUACCUGUUCAUAGGCCUCGCUACAAUCACAGGCAAAUACAUGGAGGCCAUGGAGAACAUCGUUCAGCAGACCCGUAAAGUGAGAAUCUGGGACCCAGCGGCCAGGCGGUGGGUGGAGUCACAGCAGCGCAUCUGGAAUCCAGCCAUCGCUGACAUCACGCUGCUGGCGCUGGGCACGUGCGCGCCUCAGAUCUCCCUCGCAGUCAUUGACGCCGUCAGACGCCUGGGCAAGAGUGGCGGACAGGAUCUGGGGGCAGGCACCAUCAUAGGCGGGGCAGCGUUCAACCUCUUCCCCAUCCUGGCUGUCUGUGUGCUCGUGCCACCGCCCGGCGCCGUCAAGCGCAUCUCGGACGUGGGCGUGUUUCUGGUGGAGUUCGUCUGGUCGCUCUGGGCCUAUGUGUGGCUCUACGUCGUGCUGCAGGUUUGGACGCCGGGUGAGGUGACAAUAACGGAGGCCGUGAUGACAGUGCUGCAGCUGCCGCUGCUCAUGCUGCAUGCAUACGCCCAGGAGCAGCGCUGGCCCUUCAUAGCCCUGCCACUCACACCAUCUACCAGCCCACCUCCCUUUGAAGUUGCUGUUGGUGGCGCCACAGUAGGCGCGGCUAGCUCAGCAAUCCAGGAGGAUUUUCGAAGUGUGACUGUACAGCGUGCUUCAUUUACAGCGGGUGAUGUAGGGGGCGAUGUGGGUGCAGGUGGCCGUGCAGCAACAUCUGGGGCGCAGAUUGAGUCGCCUCCAGGGGGUACCGGUGGCGCUGCCAUGAAUGGCCAUGCAGCACUGGGCGAGUUCUCUACUCCUUCUAGCAGCAGCAGCAGGAGGCGGAGGAGCAGUGAGUACGAGCGCAGCAGCAGACGCAGCAGUGGUGGAGAAGGGGGGAUGGGGAGGGGUAGCCGCAGGCAUAGCUUAUCAUCCCAGGCGGAGGAUAGAGAGUGGGGGUAUGUGGAGGAGGGUGAGGAGGACGGAAGGGGAGGGCAGAGCGCGGUGCAGGGGCGUCAGCAGAAAGCUGUGGACGCCGUGCCUCUGCAAGGCUGUAUUGUGGAUGAGCGUUCUCAUUCCAACUCUCAUGAGCGCUCUGAUGGGAGUGAUGGCAGCGACAGUGCUGUGCACGAGAGAGAUGGCAGCAGUGGCAGGAGGAAGGAGUCAUUCGCCAUGCGAUGGAGGCAACAGAUCGUCCUCUCCAUGAUGCUGUACCCCUCAGAUUACCUAUCUCGCACAGCACAUGCCAGCACGCACCCCUCCCAUAUGCGACCAGCAGCACAUAAGGCCCGCCCAGUGGCAGCACGGGUGUGGCGGGUGGUGCUGCACGCGGUGUGUUUCCUCUGGAAGGCGCUCUGCGCGCUGCUCAUCCCCCCGCCCGAUGCGCUGCACGGCUACCCCGCCUUCACCGCCAGCAUCCUCGUCAUCACCGCCAUCGCCGCUCUCGUGGUGGAGCUGGCGUCGCUGUUCGGCUGUGUAACAGCGGUGAACUCGUUUGUGGUGGCCAUAACGCUGCUGGCGUCGGGCACAUCCAUCCCGGACCUCAUAGCCAGUGUCGUGGCUGCGGACCACAUGCCCACUGCAGACUCGGCCAUCGCCAACAUCAAUGCCAGCAAUUGCAUCAUUGUUUUCUCGGGCAUGGGUGUUCCAUGGCUCAUCACCACUCUCUACAACAAAUUUGUUUUGGGAUCAUCAUACAGCGUCAGCACAACAGGCCUUGGGUUUUCCAUCAUUGUGUUUUUCCUAACGACUUUUGUUUGCAUGGCAAUCCUUUUUGCUCGGAGGAAAUUGCUCGGAGGAGAGCUUGGAGGGCCCAAGCCUCUUGCCUGGCUGUCGUGCUUUGCAUUCAUGCUGCUAUGGUUGAUAUACAUGCUGCUUUCUUCUUUGAAUGCAUAUGGAAUAAUUGGAGACGUGGUGUAGGUUGCAACGUUGCAAUGAAAAGAUUGUGUAUGUAUGACAAUCGGAUCUGGAUAGGCGGUAGCAGUUCUAUCAUUUGAAGUUGGAACCUAAUUUGACG